AUCAUUUUGAAAUUACUACGUCAACAACCAUAACGUGGUUGUAACGAGUUUUACGGUCACAGUCCACACUUUUAAACGAUUUUCUACUCUACAUGUAAGAGGCGUGUGGUCAUUUGAAUAGUUUCGUACGACCUUUGCCUUUAUUUGUUCAAUCAGCAUAUUGCGCUAUAGCUUCAUAUUAUAUGCUAUAGUAGCUAUUCAUGUCAGCGUUAUUGACAAGUGCGGUAUACUGAGUACAAAUUUCUUUCCGCAAUAUUUAAUUGAGAAACGGAAUGGAGAUUGAAAUAUUAAGCGUCGCCGGUUCGAAACCGAUCGGAAAAAUAAACGUCAAUGAUAACGCGACCAUAAAAGAUGUAAAAGAUAAAAUUUAUAAGAAUCUGAAAAAAUCGCUAUAUCCAGAGCGACAAUCUAUUAAAUUAGAGUCCAAAGGAAGAUCAUUGAAGGACGAAGCUACAUUAAAAUCAUUAAGUAUUGAUAAUGGGGCUAAACUUUAUCUUCAAGACUUAGGUCCUCAAAUAUCUUGGAAAAAUGUGUUUUUAGCUGAGUAUGCUGGACCAUUAUUUGUUUAUUUGUGGGCUUACCAAAGACCUUGGAUUCUAUAUGGAGAACAAAGUGCCCCAUCACACUGGUCUGUUCCUAGUAUUGCUGCACUUUGUUGGUCAGUGCAUUAUGCGAAGAGAUUACUUGAAACAUUGUUUGUGCAUAGAUUCUCGCAUGGAACUAUGCCAUUAAGGAAUUUAUUUAAGAACUGUUGCUACUAUUGGGCCUUUACAUUGUAUAUUGCAUAUCACAUCAACCACCCAUUGUAUACAGCACCUUGUAGCACAUGUGUCUAUAUUGGAGUAGUUGGAUUUACUAUUUGUGAACUGGGUAACUUUAGCAUUCACAUUUUGCUGAAGAACCUCCGACCUCCAGGCACAAAAGUGCGACGCAUCCCUGUGCCCGACGGCAAUCCCUUCACACAACUGUUUAACUAUGUUUCCUGUCCCAAUUAUACAUACGAGUUUGGAUCUUGGCUGUUCUUCACAAUAAUGACGAAAUGUGCUCCAGCUGGAAUUUUCGCAGUUGUGGGUUUGUAUCAGAUGUCGGUGUGGGCGCUCGGCAAGCAUCGCAACUACAAGAAGGAAUUCCCAGACUACCCCAAAGGACGUAAAGCUAUCAUACCUUUCAUCCUUUAAGUCGCACUUGUACGAUUACAAGCAAAAGUGCUUGGUAUGAUUAUAAAUAAAUAUAUAUAUAUUUCGUUAGGAACGCGUUGAAGGUUAACAAGUUUCGGUAAUUAUAUCGAUCGUCACGUUUACAUAAUUUAAUGUUAAUCCAGUAGGUGACGGUACUCUUGUACGCGCGUAUUAUAUGUAGUUUAUUUAAAUGGUGAAUGUUUUAGGGAUCUUUUUCUUAUUUUUGUGUAGUAAUAAAUGCUAAUGAGAAUGAAUAAUUACGCUCAAUUAUGUUUAUUUCGUAUGUUG